GCCGUUAAUUAAAAAACCGCGGGCGUAUCAGAAAAUAAAAACAGGUGGCAUACGUGUUAUUUACCUAAUCAUCCAAGGGUAUAUUAGGAAAUUCAUUAAAUAACGCAAAAGACAAAACACACAACAACAACAACUACUAGAAUAGAACAACAACAUAAACAACACAAGUAGAAAGAAGAAGAAGAAGAGAAAACUCGUGAACAAAUGAAUCAAAUGAUUCAGAUCGUGAAUUUCUAAACCGAAUAACCUUUUAAGGAGCUUCUUCUCUGUCGUGUAGUGUCAAUUGUUUUUGUUUUGUUUUUUUUUUUUUUCAGAAACCGAUAUUGUGUCUCUGUGUGUGUGUGUUUUUUUUAUACCAGAAACAAAAAAAAAAAAACUGUCUGAAAAGGGAAAGUUGAAUUAGAAUUUGUUUAUUUUUCAACUGGGUUUUGAUUAUUAUGUUAAAGUUUUGAAAUUUUUGAAGUUUUGAUAUCUGGGUUGUUUUAAAAAUGGAGACUUGGAGUAGUGUUGAUGGAGUGAUUGAAGAGAUAAUGAAGAUUCAUAGAUCUUUACCUGUUAGACCAGGGAUUGAUGAAGUUGAAGCAGCAAAAGGGUUAAUUUUGAAUCUUGAAAAAGAGGAUCAAAUUAAGUUUGAAUCUAUAGGUAAACAAAGUAAAGGAAAUGAUGUACCUGAUGAACUUUUCAUGAUUUUGCAAGAGAUGCAGAAGAAUUUUGUUUGUUUUCAGAGUAAUGAACAGAAGAGGGAAGCUUUGAAACUUCUUGAUCUUGAGAAUGUUCAUUCACUGUUUGAUGAAUUGAUUCAGAGAGCUUCUGAUUGUGUUUCUAGUGGUGGUGGUGGUAGUUCUACUGGUUCUGAUUUUAGGAAAAUUACUUAUUCUAAUGGUUCUGCUUCAACUGUUUCGAAGAAUUCGGCUUCUGGUUCUGGUUCUGGUUCUCGUGGUGGUUUUGAUAAGCAGGUUCCUUCAAUUGUUGCUUCUUCAAGUUUGGUUCAUGUGGAUAAAGAAGUUUCUACUAAAGCUUCUGAAUUGUUCACAAGAGAUGAUAGUUAUGUGAGCAAGAGUAAGACCAAAUCCACAUUCUAUCCUAAUGGUUAUGGAAUUGAGCCAAAUUUCACAUCCAAACCCCAAAUAAUGGAUUCAUCACUUAAAUCCACAGCUGCUGCAGGUCAAGAUGGUGAUAAAUUGAGUUUGAUUAAACUUGCUAGCAUAAUUGAGGUUUCUGCGAAGAAAGGAACUCGUGAUCUAAAGCUGCAGGGAAAGUUGAUGGACCAAGUUGAUUGGCUACCUGAUUCGUUAGGGAAGUUAUCUAGUUUGGUCACUCUUGAUUUAUCAGAGAACAGGAUUGUGGCUAUACCUUCCACUAUUGGAGGACUUUCAUCAUUGACCAAAUUGGACUUGCAUUCCAAUAGGAUCACAGAGAUUCCUGAUUCUGUUGGAAAUCUCCUAAGUCUGGUCUAUCUAGAUCUGAGGGGAAACAGUUUAACAACCUUACCUGCUUCUUUGAGCAGAUUGAUACGUCUCGAAGAGCUUGAUUUGAGUUCAAAUCUAAUUUCAGUGCUUCCUGACUCUAUAGGGUCACUUGCUAACCUCAAAGUGUUAAAUGUGGAAACUAAUGAUAUAGAAGAACUUCCAUAUUCUAUUGGUAAUUGUUCUUCCCUUAGAGAGCUUCGCGCUGACUAUAAUAAGCUUAAAGCCCUUCCAGAAGCUGUAGGGAAGAUUGAGAGUUUGGAGAUUUUGUCUUUGCGGUACAAUAACGUCAAACAACUACCUACAACAAUGUCAACUUUGAUAAACCUGAAGGAACUUAAUGUGAGUUUCAAUGAGCUUGAAUCCAUUCCCGAGAGCUUAUGUUUCGCUACCUCCCUUGUCAAGAUAAACGUAGGAAACAAUUUUGCUGACAUGAGAUACUUACCAAGAUCAAUCGGGAACCUCGAAAUGCUUGAGGAAUUGGAUAUCAGCAAUAAUCAGAUACGUGUUCUUCCCGACUCAUUUAGGAUGCUCACAAAACUACGCAUCUUGCGAGUGGAAGAAAAUCCUCUUGAGGUUCCACCAAGAGACAUAGCUGAGAAGGGAGCACAGGCUGUUGUUCAGUACAUGGCUGAAUUUGUGGAGAAGAGGGAUAAGAAAGAGGUUAAACCACAGCCACUUAAGCAGAAAAAGAGUUGGGCUCAGAUCUGUUUCUUUUCAAGGUCUAACAAAAGAAAGCGCGAUGGAGCUGAUUAUGUGAAAGCUUGAUUUCCUGUAAUGAAACGCCGAUCAACUGAUUCCAUUAGUUCAGUACAUGUGGCAUGGCUAUAUUUCACCAGAAGGAAUCAAUCAUAGCAGAGAAGGGAAUGCAUGGCUGCUGAUGUUUUCUGCAAUUUCAUGUUUGGCAAGGAUAUGCAUUGAGAGAAAAUAGAGACAAAAACAAAACAAAACAAAACAUCUUUUUUCAGUCUAAGGUCAAUAUGUGGAUGGUAGGAGAAUGAAUUGACAGCAUUGGUUGGCUGUAACAAUUCCCUUUGACUUGGCGGCACAAAUUUGUAGAUUUCUUGUUCAAUAUUUUCUGUUUUACUUUUUGAACUUUCCAUUUUAUUUCAUUUGUAUUUUGUGUUGUCUUCAAGAGGAAAAUAGAGAUAUGAUGGAGAGAAACUGAAUGUGAUUAUGUACCAGUGUUUCUUUAUGUACAAUUGCACCUUCAAUCCAUUGUUAAAUGAUUCAUAGUUACUGUAA